ACGAAUCUACAAAUCUACGAAUACGCCGGCUCUUCUUUGUUUACUUUCGUUUUGUCUUCUGGCAGCUGGCCGCGCUAAUCAUCUUUUAUGGCCAGCUGGAGUUCAAUUGGUGCUUGAGACACUUUUUGACAAUAGCAACUAGACAAUCUACGCUUGGAGACCCAGAAGAAGAAGCCAUCGAUCGAUGCGGUAGUCCGUCGCUUCCCAACCGGUUUCCCCAGCGAUCAUCGUAGCUCAUCUCAACUCAUCUGAUCGCAAAGUGAAUGGACAUCGGCCAGCCGAGAACUUUUCGCGCAGUUUGUGUAUAAAUAGUGUCGUUGGGUCUGGUUUGGAAACAGAAUCAACUUUGGAUUAAUCUAGCAGACAUCUAGCAGUCGUCUUGGAUCUUCUGGAAAAAUGAAAUUCUUUGUCAUUGCCUUUGCUGUGAUCGCAGCUGCCUCGGCGGCCUCCAUUGCCACGGAUUACCUGCCGCCGGUGGACAACAACCUGGAAGCCGCCUCCGAAAUUGUGGAGCUGCCCGCCGAGCAGGGAGUUCUGGCCGAUGAUGGUUACCGCUACAAGACCGUGCGCCGCCUGAAGCUGCGCCACCGUCGUGACGUCAACGAGCUGCCCUCCGCCGAGUACCUGCCCCCCGUUGAGGCCGCUUCUGAGGCUGUUGCCGUCGAAACUCCCCUGGCCGAUGAUGGAUACCGCUACAAGACCGUGCGCCGAGUGAUCCGUCGCCGUCGUGAUGUGAACGAGCUUUCCGCUGAGUACCUGCCCCCCGUUGAGGAUGCCGCCGCCUCCGAAGCUAUUGCUGUGGAGACUCCCCUGGCUGAUGAUGGCUACCGCUACAAGACCGUCCGCCGUGUGAUCCGUCGUCGUCGUGAUGUUAAUGAGUUGCCCUCUGGAGAAUACCUGCCCCCUGUUGAGGGAGCCGCCUCCGAGGCUGUUGGCGUUGAGACUCCCCUGGCUGAUGAUGGCUACCGUUACAAGACCGUGCGCCGAGUGAUCCGUCGUCGUCGUGAUGUGAACGAGCUUCCCUCUGCUGAGUACCUGCCUCCAGUUGAGGCCGCUUCGGAGGCUGUUGCCGUCGAAACUCCCCUGGCCGAUGAUGGCUACCGCUACAAGACCGUGCGCCGAGUGAUCCGUCGUCGUCGUGAUGUGAACGAGCUUCCCUCUGCUGAGUACCUGCCUCCAGUUGAGGCCGCUUCCGAGGCUGUUGCCCUCGAAACUCCCCUGGCCGAUGAUGGCUACCGCUACAAGACCGUCCGUCGUGUGAUCCGUCGCCGUCGUGAUGUGAACGAGCUGCCCUCCGGUGAAUACCUGCCCCCUGUGGAGGAUGCCGCCUCCGAAGCCGUUGCUGUGGAGACUCCCCUGGCUGCCGAUGGAUACCGCUACAAGACCGUCCGCCGGGUGAUCCGUCGUCGUCGUGAUGUCAGCGAGCUGUCCCCCGAAUACCUGCCCCCCGUUGAGGACGCCGCUUCCGAGGCUGUUGCCGUGGAGACUCCCCUGGCCGAUGAUGGAUACCGCUACAAGACCGUCCGUCGUGUGAUCCGUCGCCGUCGUGAUGUGAACGAGCUGCCCUCCGCCGAGUACCUGCCGCCCUCGGAGGAGGCCGCCGCCUCCGCCAUCAUCGAUGUGCCCGCCGAGCAGACCGUCCUGGCUGCCGAUGGCUACCGCUACAAGACCGUCCGUCGUCUGAAGCUCCGUCGCCACUAAGAAGCCGAUCGUGCCAACUCCCACCGCAGCAUUUGAGAUUGUCGAGGAUGCUUUUCCAGAAGAAGUCCUGCUUUUGAGGGUCUCACGAUGAAACUAACCAUAAGUCGAGCGUAUUAGUCAAUUUGAAUCCGUUAUGAACAUCCCGA